AUGGUGAAGUUAUGCAUCUGUCUGUUGGGCAUCUUCCUGCUUGCUGUCACCCAUAGCAGUGCUAUCCCCACCAGUGAGGAGAGGCAGCGAGUUUUUGAUAAGCCUCUCAGCGACGAGGAUCAUGACAACGGAGAGCACAACCCAGAUUAUGAUCACGAAGCUUUCCUUGGUGAAGAACAAGCCAAGAAGUUUGACCAGCUGACACCAGAGGAGAGCAAGUCUAGAUUGGCAAUUAUUGUGGACAAAAUUGACCGUGACGGAGAUGGUGAGGUCACACAACAGGAACUGCAGGGCUGGAUACAGUAUGUGCAGCGCAGGUACAUCGUCUCCGACACUGAACGCACCUGGCAGGAUCAUGAUGUUGACAGUGAUGGGACGCUCACCUGGGAGAAAUAUCAGAAACGAACAUUUGGCUACAGCGAUGAACCUGUAGAAGGCUCUCCCACCUUUGGCUACAAGAAAAUGAUUGACAGAGACAGGAGAAGGUGGGAAUAUGCAGAUGAAGACAAGGAUGGAAAACUGACCAAGGAAGAAUUUACGACAUUCCUUCACCCAGAAGAAACCGAGCGCAUGAGGUUCAUCAUUGUGGAGGAGACUGUGGAGGAUAUAGAUAAAGAUGGAGAUGGUUUCAUUAGCUUGGAGGAAUACAUCACUGACUUGUGGCCUAGAAGUGAUGAAGAUGCAGCCAAGGAUGAACCUGAGUGGGUCAAGUCUGAGCGUGAACAGUUCCUCAGUUUUCGUGAUAAAAACAAGGAUGGCAAAAUGGACAAGACUGAAGUCAUGGAUUGGAUUAUCCCCCCUGACUAUGAUCAUUCUGUGGCAGAAGCUAAGCACCUCAUUUUUGAGGCUGAUGUCAAUAAGGAUGGCAAGCUGAGCAAGGAGGAGAUUCUAGACAAGUUUGACCUGUUUGUGGGCAGCCAAGCAACAGAUUUUGGUGAAGCUUUGACCAAACACGAUGAGUUUUAA